AUGCAGCUGUUCGUCUUCGCCACACUGGUGGUUGCGGCUGUGGCUGCUCCGCAAAACUACAACAAUAAUCAGUUCGUGAGCUCUGGACAGCCUGAGAUCCGCAUUCUCAGCCAGAGGUUCGAUCAGGACCCCAACACUGGAAGCUACGAGUACAGCUACGAGCAGGACAACGGUCAGGCGGUGGCUGAGACAGGUCAGGUGUAUCCUGGACCUGAGCCAGAGACCGGCAGCCUCACCCAGCAGGGCAGCUACCAGUUUGUGGGCGAUGACGGCAACACCUACCAGGUCAGCUACGUCGCCGACGAAGGAGGCUUCCAGCCGCAGGGCGCCCACCUGCCGGUAGCGCCCGCCCAGAUCCCGGAGUACGAGCAGCUGAGGAUUGAACACCCCGAGCUGUUCUGGGCAGAGCAGCAGCAAUACGUCUAGAAGUACCGCGUGUUCAGGCCCUCUGAUAGUAACA